GUGAUUCAGUCGCUUCCGUGACUGAUGACCUGUCAUGAAGCAGUCUACUGUGGUCCGGACUGUACAAUACUUACACAACUAUGUGCGAACGGCCUCGGUGACCGUGAAGGGUAAUGCAACCCCGAAGGCGCAUCAGAGGUCAUACCAUGAUGAGUCAUUCGGAUACAGAAGGCGCCAGGAGCUUGUCCUAUCAGAUUAUACCUCUUCCCAGCUUCAGAAUCGCGCGACAAAUGCCCCAUUACUCCGUUAUGUCGAUUCGAUGCGGACACAUGGACAUCGCGCAGCACACAUAGAUCCGUUGGACCUAUUGCAGCGUGAAGAGGUGGCGGCAUUGGACCCUUCACGUUACGGCCUUGAGAAUCCGAAGCAGACGUUUCCAGUAGAUGGCAUUGUCUGGACCAAUCCGGCCGGACCAAAUAUGCCGUCAUCAGAAGUUUGGCCACUAGAACGGAUUGUAUCUCACUUGCGUUCCGUGUACGUAGGAAACAUUGCAUACGAAUUUAUGCACUCUCCGUCAAAGACCGAACGAUUGUGGUUCUCUCAUAUUCUCGAAAGUAGCGCAGUUGCGCCUCAGAAUGUUCGGAGGCCGGAGGAGAAGAAGAGAAUAUGGGAACUCAUGACCCGUAGCGAAGUCUUUGAUCAAUUCCUUCAAGUCAAGUUCCCCAACCUGAAGAGAUAUGGUCUCGAAGGUGGCGAGUCUAUGCUACCAGCGAUUGAUACACUCUUUUCCGUUGCUUCAAAGGCAGGCGUUGAGCAUAUUGUCCUCGCUAUGCCACACAGGGGACGCCUCAACUUGCUCACAGAUUUGCUUCGAUCUACUCCAGCCGCUCUUUUCCACAAGAUUAAAGGAGGGAGUGAGGUUCCGGAAGACCUUGGUUAUUCUGGUGACGUCAUCAGUCAUCUAGUUGCAGCGCCGACUCUGAGUUAUGGCAAUACCGCACGCUCGCUCAAAGUUUCUCUUCUGCCGAAUCCAUCUCACCUCGAGGCUGUUGAUCCCGUUGCUCUUGGAAAGACUCGCGCAAAACAAUUUGCACUCAUCAAGGAGGCCGAUCCAGAUUGUAAACUCGGAGACAAAGUGAUGUGUGUCCAAUUGCAUGGUGAUGCAAGUUUCAUUGGCCAGGGUGUAGUUAUGGAAUCUCUUGGACUGAGCAAUUUACCGCAUUUUACGAGCGGUGGAAGUGUGCACCUAGUCGUGAAUUAUAGUAUUGGAUAUACAACUCCGGCAUCAAGCGCUCGAUCAUCCUUAUAUUGCUCGGAUGUUGGAAAGAUGAUCAACGCACCUGUCUUGCACGUCAAUGGCGAUCACCCAGAAGAUGUCUCACGUGCAUUAGACACUGCGUUCCAGUAUCGCAAUGCAUUCCGAAAGGAUAUUAUUGUUGAUCUCUUGGUUUAUCGUCGUUGGGGACACAACGAACUUGAUGAACCCGCUUUCACUCAACCAGCCAUGUACCAGAAUAUACGGACUCGAAAGAGCGUACCAGCACUUUACGAAGACAAACUUACGCAUGAGGAAGUGAUCUCAUCUGAAGAUAUUUCACAACUUCGAUCCUCAUACAAGGCACACCUGGAAUCGGAACUUCAGGCAGCUGAAUCAUUCAAGCCCGCAUUGAAUACCCUUGGUGGAAAGUGGAAACAGAUGGUGCUUCCAGUAUCUCCCGAGGCUAUUCGAGAUCCAGAGACAGGAGUAGCGCUUGAAACGCUCAAAGACGUAGCACGAGCCAGUGUAGAAGCUCCAGAAGGUUUUGAAAUCCACCCUCGUCUGAAGAGGCAUAGCAGUGCUCGGUUGAAGAGCAUCGAAGCGGAGACCGGUAUUGAUUGGGCAACAGCCGAGGCAAUGGCUUUUGGAUCCCUCAUGUUAGAGGGAUAUGACGUUAGGAUCUCUGGUCAAGAUGUUGGAAGAGGAACGUUCAGCCAACGGCAUGCCAUGCUUGUAGACCAACGGACCGAGAAUGUCAGCGUACCUCUGAAUGCUAGGUUGAACUCCGAAGGUCGACUAGAGCUUGCGAACAGCUCUCUGAGUGAAAUGGCAGUCCUCGGGUUUGAAUACGGAAUGAGUUGGGAAACACCGAAACUAUUACCGAUAUGGGAGGCACAGUUCGGUGACUUUUUCAAUGGCGCUCAAGUCAUAUUUGACACCUUCAUAUCCUCAGCGGAAACAAAAUGGCUGAUGCAGAGCGGUAUCGUUGUAUUAUUACCUCAUGGACUAGAUGGCGCUGGUCCGGAACAUUCUUCCAUGCGUAUCGAGCGAAUGCUCCAGCUCACGAAUGAUCCGAGUGAAUAUAAUGAAGGUGAUGGGGCAAAGCGAAUUAACAUGCAGGUUGUAUAUCCAACAACACCGGCGCAAUACUUCCAUCUUCUCCGUCGCCAAAUGAAGCGAAAUUAUCGUAGACCGCUCAUUGUUGCCAGCCCAAAGGGUUUAUUGCGCCUUCCCGCCGCGGCGUCAUCUCUUGUCCAGUUCGAGCCGAACACUCGAUUCCAGCCUGUCCUCGAUGAUAGUGCAGUAAACGACCUUGCUGCUGUCAAGCGUGUCGUGCUUCUUUCCGGAAAGCUUUAUUACGACCUUGUUAAGGAGCGGAACACACUCGGAUCGGAAGAUGCCAACAAGAUCGCCCUAAUUCGGGUUGAGGAACUCGCCCCUUUCCCGUACAAGGAACUCGAAAUUAUUCUACGGCACUAUCGGAAUGCGCGGGAAUGGUGUUGGGUGCAGGAGGAGCCUCGGAAUCAGGGUGCAUGGUCGCACGUGUUUUCAAGGCUACUUGAAGUUCAGACGAAGGUCGGUUGCGAGGCGCGAGGAAUAAGAUACAUCGGAAGGAAGGAAGACGUUGUUCCGGCUGUUGGUGUAGGUAAGCUCUUCAGAGAACAGCAGAGCGCCGUUCUUCGAGAUGCCUUUGCCGGAUUAUGACCGGACAUUGGUUGUUAUCUCCGUACGGUGCAAUAUAGGAGCCUUGAGUCCCAAAAAAUGACACCCACACUGUCCGAUCCUGCUCAAAAGCAACUGGGUUACUUACCUGGUUCGAGGGUCGUUCAAUUCAUGCCUGUCUGUCUGCACCGAUCUAUGAGGUAUGCAUCCUUGAAACAAAUAAUUACGGAUUGAACUUGGUCUACCUGAUCGAACGUGGUGCUGAGCGCAAGGCUAUCCGGUAAUCUAAUGUAUGAGAAGGUUGCACGUCAUUCCGCCCUUGCACGAUAUUCAGGGUCGAGCAGCAAUUAAUCGGUGACUGAGGUAUCUUUGGCACCGGAGCAACGCUGCUUUGAGAUCGGUCAAGGUACCGUGGAUUAUGUAAGCAAUGGAAGUACAAGGCGUCUCUGAUUGCUUCUGGACAUGUUUGUUCCAAUACUCAAUUGAUAUCUCCUAAUGAGAUCAUUUUAAUAACAUAGGGCCCAUGUAUAAAUUAACGCAGACAGUAUUCGACAAAUUCGCUUUCUUUGGUCCACACUACCGUGUAUAUUAUAUAGGUCCGCAAUAAUUCUGCUGUCGCGCCACGGUGCCAGGGUCUCCUAAAAUAUCCGUGAUUUUGUACCAUAGUAUUGACCUCGAACUUCUGUUAUUUGCUCAUUACCCGAUCCUGCGCACUCUCGUUACAAAAUGUCUUCCUCGCAUGGGUCAAUUAACAAUGAAUAUCUUCAAUCUAUCAUUGAUUUGGAUCAUAUGCUCUUCACUCAAAGGCUUACUCGAUUGUCCGCAAUGAUAGUCGUGAUAUACGAUACCUUACUCACUAUGGAUAGAGAAGUAGAAUUCUUUUGGAAACAACGCUGGUCGUUGAUCAAAGUUAUCUACAUGAUAAACCGAUAUGGAGGUUUACUCUUUCUUGUAAUUGACACAUGGGGUUCGGUCACGGAUUAUCGAUCAGAAUCAUUGUGUAGGGCUCAAGUCUACUUUCAACAAUGUACAGGCUGGAUCGCUGUACUCCUUGUCGAGAUUAUCCUUAUAAUACGAGUGAGCUCGCUCUACGAAAGAAGUCGCAACUCCACGAUACUACUAGUGGUGCUCUUCUUCGUGCAGGCGAGUAUAAUGGCGGGGAUCUUGAUCGCAUGGGAUCUGGUAACCAAAAUGACCUACUUCGAAGACGUCAAUGCAUGUGGAAGCAAGCAGCGGCCCCCAAUAUGGCUCGCAUUCUUCUGGCUUCCACCGAUUAUUACGGACUUCUUCCUCUUUGUCUUGACACUCCGCAAAUCCUUGGCACUUCGUAGAUUGACACCUGGGAAAGAUUGGGCGGAUCUACAACUUCAUAAGACUCUCGUUCGCGACCAGGCUCUCUAUUUCAUUGGAAUUCUCAUAUGUAGCGUAGCAAAUAUGGCAUUCGUCGCGUUUCAGCCGCUCGUCAUGUGCGCCGCUCUAGGUUUUGCUUUCGGGUUCCCUUGCGUCAUGGGUUCGCGCAUUCUCCUCAACUUGCGAGAGAUCGCUCGAGAAGAAAUGCGCUGUGGCCUAUCGACGAGCAAGGUGCUCACUUCGAUCCACUUUGCCGAGAUUUCCGGUAUCCAACAACGCGCGUCUCUUGACGAAGAUGAUACAGGAUUUGAAAUGGAGUCGGUACCGGAGAGCGAAGAAACGGAAGUAGCUUGAAUGUUUCCGUAUUGAGGAAGUCGAUAGUUAACCCUUGACGUACAAAGUGUAUUCACAUUCCC